CUUCGCCCUCAUCCACCUCACCCUCGCCGUUCGCCGUUGAUGCCUAGCCUCGCUGCCGUCGUGUCGUGCUUGCUGCCCCGCCAUCGCCGUGCCGUGCUUGCUGCUCUGCCGUCGUCGUGUCGUGCCUGCUGCCCCGCCUCGUCAUCGUCAACUCCCAGCCUCGCCGUUGUCCCUUAUUUAAGCGAAAGGGUUACACGAGAUUUACGACUUCUGCCUAUUGUUAUUCGUUCGUUUCUCUACCCUGGAUGCCCGCCGAUCUUCUCUACUUUGUCGGGCAUCUCCAUCCAGCAGACCCACAGCGCCGGCGAGCCUCCGUCCCAAGGAGUAGUGUCGUCCGCCAUCUCUCUCUCGCUCGUUCCUGUUGUCGUCCUCAGCCGGGCUUCCCUUCGCCGGUUGGUGACUUCGCCGUCCGUCUGCCAGGAGAGACCGCAACUGCAGCAGCCGCCAGGAGCUUCACCGACCGCCCCUCUUCCCGUCGCGCAGCAGGCCGCGCUAGGGGGUUGUAGCGGCAAGUUUCCCCUUCCCCCAAUUUGGUUUCAAUUCUUCAAUUUCAAGGUAGGGGUUUGGAUCAAGAGGGCCAGCCUGGAGGACGUUGACGCGUGACGCCGUGGAUGAUGUCACCGUUUUUAUUAUGGAUAUUUAAUUAUUGCGUUAAUUAAUAAUUUGGGUUAAACAUUUAUUGUAGAAUGUUAUUUUGAGACUGUUGGCCUUGAAUGUCGUACCCCGUAACCGUUUUGAUGUGCCAAAUAAGUCUUCCAAAUGUUACUAACAUCAUUUGCAGGAAGAAAACAAACGCCAAACCUCUAUUAGCUUGUUUAGCAUCACCGAGAAAUACUCCUACAAGUUUAGAAAUUAUUAUGUAAAGGUAAUGAUAUACUUUAAUGAUUUACUUAUGCCCUUUCACUCAAAAAUUAUUCUUAAAAUGUCAAAUAUAUUCUUAGUUGAGGUUAUUUUGAAAACGGAACACGAAAAACAAGUUUUUGGAAUAUUUACACAGGUUUAACAGUACCUGGCU